AACAAACCCCAAAAGCAUUAAAAAUGACCGACACGAAGCGCGUUGUGGUGACUGGCGCCAGUGGACUACUGGGACGCGCAGUAGUUGCGGUAUUCCGUGCCCGCGGCGACGACGUGACGGCUCUGGCGCACACGCGCGCGCGCGACGGAUACACCCCGCUGGAUCUGACGGACACGGCGGCGGUCGAGGCGUUCUUUGAGCGCCCCGUCGACGUCGUCGUGCACUGUGCAGCGGAGCGCCGACCCGACGUUGCUGAAGCCAACCCCGCCGCGGCCGAGGCGAUCAACGUCGCUGUGCCCGCUCACCUCGCGACUCUCGCGGCUAAGCAUGGCUUCACGCUCCUCUACAUGUCGACCGACUACGUCUUUGACGGGCGCAACCCGCCGUAUGAGGCCGACUCGGAGCCGCACCCGCUGCAGAUGUACGGCCGCCAGAAGCUCGCAGGCGAGAAGGCGAUCAAGGUUGCCGGCGCACGGGCGUGCGCUCUCCGCGUACCCGUGCUUUACGGCCGCGCAGAGUACAACGGCGAGUCGGCGGUCAACGUUCUCGUCGAUGUCGUCCAAGAUCAGUCGGGCAAGACGUACACCAUGGACGACUACCAGAUCCGCAACCCCACUUGCGUUGAGGAUGUCGCGCGCGUGCUGUAUGACCUCGCGCGCGUUCCCUCCCUCCCCCAGGUCGCGCAGUACCGCUCCCCCGGGCGCUCGUACACCAAGUGGGACAUGACCAAGGUUAUCGCGGGUGCGCUCAAGCUUCCGAUCGACCACAUCACGCCCGUGUCCACCAAGCCCACGAAUGGCACCGAGCGCCCGUGGAACACCGAGCUGAGCCUCCGCAGCCUCGAGGAGGCCGGGGUCAGCACGGCCGAGGCCAAGACCUUCGAGGAGUGGUGGACCGCCUACCUCCAGUAGAUUGAUAGAGCAUGCAACUAGUAAUACCGA